GUUCGGUUUUCACUGUUCAGCAUAUGCCUUUGGUCAGCACGACAAAGUUUUCUGUGUGCCACUUGGAUGGCCUGCCUUGCAGACACAAUAUCAUGUCCUCUUUGCCAACGAGGACACAAGCGAUGCUUCUGGCUGUUUUGCCCACAGCUUCGCACAUGCUUGGACAGAAAUCACGCUCAUGAGAAUUCUCCAUAGUCUAGGGUAUGAGAAAGCCUUCAUCUCUAGCAUCACAACCCGAGCCAACCGCUUGUCGAUUGUUUGCUUUUCUGAAUCGCAUGGAAGUGUUGCAGAAGUCAAGAACAGCAGGCCGACCAAGCCCUGGCCGCCCAGGCAACCGCAGUUUGCCAGAAAACCUUUCACUGAUCGUUUUGAGAAGAUUGACUCAGACUGUUUGUUGCGGUGGAAUAUUCAGUUUGAAGAGCUCCACAAUUUCUUUCAUCAACCACAGACCAUGCUCAGUGUCUCAUUUGAUGGUGUUUCGUUACCACCAGUGACCCAGGCGGCUUUGACAAACAUCUCAUUUGCUGGCACACUUGAAGACGUUGACCGGAUCAUUAUUUAUGUGGACGGCUCAUCACAGCCAAGUCAACGACAUCUACCUCCACUACAAGUUGACAUGCAAGGCAUCCCUGAUGCCUGGGCCUUCAUUGUGCUUGGCGAAAAGUAUGAUGACCAAGGCGAUUCAGUCCUCUCUCUCCUUGGGUGGUCGGCACAUCAGGUGCGAUAUGAUCCGGCCAGUCCGUUCUUUGCAGGAGCCGCAAGAGUCGGGCCACACAUUGCUGAAAGAGAGGGUCUUUUCUUUGCUGCCCUAUGGCGUGCUCAGCUCAAUCUCAACAUUCCCACUGUAUUUCGCAGUGACUCCAGUUUGGCAAUCGGGCAAGCCUCUGGGCGUAUAGGUGCAAUUGAGAUUGACCUCUCUUUCUCGUUGCUCAGAGGUCUCUUCCAGUUCCUUGAAGCUGCUUUGGGCCCCGAUUUGCUGCUGCUUGAGCAUAUCUAUGGACACAACAGUGAUCCUUGGAAUGAAGCAGUAGACGCCAUUGCCAAGCAGGAAGCACAACAGAACUUCUUUCUUCAGCGUCCUGACAUUGACCUCCGACGAUGGCACCAGGCUAUUCCAUUCUUGUGGAUGCUCUUCAGUGACCAUUACGGAUGUCCACAAUUUUGUGGCGAUGGUUUCAAUGUAUGUGCUCCCAGUUUGCCACCAGAAGCCAUUUGUGUGCCCGAGUCUCUGGCCUCGGCACCCACCUCAAGCAAGUUUGAUUUCAAGAUUAGCUUUGCUUCUGCGAAUGUAUCCACGCUUGGUACUGGCUCCAAAGGCCACACAGGCAAGCUGGACUACAUCAAGGGCCAGUUUGUCAACUUUCAUUUGAACUUCCUUGGGGUACAAGAAGCGCGCACCCAGGAGGGUAUUAUUCUCAAAGAUGACAUUCUCAGAUUGUGUGCCGGAGCCGAUGGCAAACAUCUUGGUGUUGAGCUUUGGUGCAACCUGAAACAACCAUUUGCCUUUGUCAACAACAAGCCAAGAUUCCUGCGGGGCUCUGAUUUUCAAGUGAUCCACCGUGACCCUAGGAGGUUGCUCGUUCGUGUUCAACAUGCAGCUUGGCAAACAUACCUUCUUGUAGGCCAUGCACCCCAUAGUGGCAUUGCUUUGGCUCAGAGGGCUGCUUGGUGGUCGGAGCUCCACCGCAUCCUGCAAGCAUGUCAUCAAGAUGUACCUUUGGUUGCCAUGAUUGACGCCAAUGCUGCUCCGGGCGACGGUGAUCUCAGGCAUGUUCUUGGAGCAGGCUUCGCUGAAACCUCUGGUACUCCAUUCCUCAGACAGAGCUUCGUUUCCCUUGAAUCGGAUGGGCAAGACCUUGGUGAUAUCCCUUUGCAGAAUGUGCUUCACCUUGUCAUGCAGCUCCAGUCCGUUGACGCGUGGCCUUUUCUAUCCACCGAUGUAUACCAGACUGUCGAGCACUUCCAAGAUCUGGCACACAUUGAAGGGGCCUGCAGUGAAAUCCGCUGGCCAGAGGAAGCCUUCCCUGUCCCGUGUCGAAGUCUUGAGGAUCUCGCAAGGCCACUUUGGUGCACGGACCCCGAAGCCUACCAACCUUUUGUCCCCGUGGCUGCCUGCACAGAAUCAGCAGACCACUUUUUGGAAAUGUGUCAGAAGUACUAUGACUCAGCCAUCGCUCCACGGGAGAUGUAUGACCAGGUGGCUCUGUGGAAGGUGCAGACGGAUUGGCCCCAUGAGUACUUUCGGCCGUCGGCCCUGUCCUGCGACAAGAACCUGAAGCUGAUGCUCGGGGACCAGUUCGCCAUCUACGCGGCGGAUCUGAAGCUCAUCGGCACCGGCGCCGCAGACUCGGUGGAGGGCGUCACGGGUCGAAAUUCCAGCGACGACCGGGUGAAGUUCCUCAGGACGGUGACUCUGCAGCCGAUGAUGUUGACCUCCGAAUUGGACCAGUCCUGGAGGAGCUUCGCAUUUUUGCCCAAGAAGGGCAAACUGCUCCUGCUGAACCAGGACGGCACGGAGGUGGAAGAAUACGCCUUGCGCGGACAUCACUACGUAAAGACCUGGACCUUGAGCAAUUCCUUGCCACACAAAAAGCUGGAGGCGAUCCAAGCUGUUGAGGGCGAGGAGUCCAAAGAGUGUGCGAAGGCGUUCCGCGGAUUUCCGCGGGGCCGAGCCGAAAAGCAGGGGAUGGAAUCCUCAGGUUUCGUGAACGCUGGCUGGCUGGUCUACGCCGCCACCGACUCGGGCCAGGUCGUGACGCUGUGCCCCACCUAUCGCAACGAGCUGCAUCCGCUGUUGAUGGUCAUCUCAUUGAGGCACCGCAAGGCGGCGAAGGAUUUGGUGGAGGUGGUCGACUCGCACACGGGAACCACCAAGGCAUCGAGUUCCAGAAUCAUUGCAAUUGUGCGCGACCCGAGCACGAACUGGAUCUGGCUCUUGAACACAAACACCGAGGGAAUGGCAGAAGUCACUGCCUGGGAUACGGAGACUGAGAGAAAUAAAGAAAUGGGACGUUGGGCACUUCCUUCGGGUCGUUGGUGGGUUCCUGGCAUGUGCUAUUUGGGGCAGAACCAGGGCUUACUCAUUGCUGCCGCGGCGGACACCAACCGUGUGGGGCAGGUGGGUGGUCCUGAGCUCUGGCGUUUGGCGCCAGCGAAACGGAAGUCCGACAACCACGGAGCACACCCCGCGCACAAGGCCCGGUGA